AUGGAGGCGAUGGGAGGAGAGGGAGGAGGCGUACCAGAGAGUCGCAUCGCAGCCUACGACUGGCCCGUCCGUCUCAAAAGCAAAAGACGCAACCUCUACAACGUCGCCAAAGAGUUUUUUACUGGCAAACCACCGCCCAUCGUGUAUCCCAACCCCGGAAAAUGUCGAGUCAGUAGUACAGACCAGGAGGCGCGCUGGAAGGACUGGGACACGGGGUACGCGAGGCAGUACAAGUGGAUUGCGGAUGAUGAGGAUGCGCCCAUGCCGGCUGCGAUGCAGAAACUGUGGCUGGAGUCGGAGAAGAAUUGGAAUUUGAAGCUUGGGGGUAGGAUGUAA